AGUGCGCGGGGCGAGCUCGGUGCGCAGGCGGUUCUCCUGUAAACUGGGUUUCCGCUGUGGCCCAUGUGAGCGGCGCUGCCAUUGUGUGAGGGAGGGAGCGAGCGAGUGCGCGGAGCAGCGGGCCCUGGCGGGGAAGGACCAGUGAGCGGCGAGUCGUCGAGCGAGAGCGCGAUCACAAGACCGGCGGCGCCGAUCGAUCGAUCGGUCGGUCGGGGAGGUGGAGGAAAAAAAUAAAUAAAUCCCGAUCUCUGCGCGGCGCCCUCCCGCACCCCAACCUCCGACAGGCCGCUGGAGCCCAACCCACAGCCUCGGGACCCGCGUAACGACUCUCCCCCCUUCCCCCUCCCCACCCCCCGGUUUCGGUUCAUGAAGAAAUGUCGGCCACCAGCGUCCUGGAUCAGAGACCGAAAGGCCAAGGAAACAAAGUGCAAAAUGGAGCGGUUCACCAGAAGGAUGCACUGAAUGAUGACGAUUUUGAGCCUUAUCUGAACACUCAGACUAGGCAGAACAAUACCUAUACUGCCAUGUCUGACUCCUACCUACCAAGUUACUAUAGUCCAUCUAUAGGGUUCCAGUAUUCAUUGAGUGAGGCUGCUUGGUCUACAGGAGGGGAUCCACCUAUGCCCUAUCUGACAUCAUAUGGACAGCUAAGUAAUGGAGAGCAUCAUUUUCUACCUGAUGCCAUGUUUGGACAGCCAGGGACUUUGGGUAAUACUCCUUUCUUGAGCCAGCAUGGGUUUAACUUCUUUCCUAGUGGUGUGGACUUCUCGGCUUGGGGGACCAGCAGUUCUCAGGGACAGUCCACUCAGAGCUCAGGCUAUAGCCCCAGCAGCUAUGCCUAUCCUCCUAGCUCUCUGGGUGGAGCUAUGAUGGAUGGACAGUCAACUUUUGCCAACGACACACUGAAUAAAGCACCAGGUAUGAAUAGCAUUGACCAAGGAAUGGCAGGACUGAAAAUAAGUGGUGGCGAGGUGGCUAGUAACGUAUCUAAAAUGGUAGGUUCAGCUGUUGGGAGCAAUCCCAUAUCGACUAUUUCAAAUAAUGCGAUACCUUCAAAUACCAUGCCACCGACUACAAUUGCUCCUCCCAAGCCAGCUUCAUGGGCGGACAUUGCAAGCAAGCCUGCAAAACCCCAACCCAAGAAAGCAAAAGGUGGGUCCAGUGGGCCAUCUCUACCACCACCUCCAAUUAAACAUAAUAUGGAUAUUGGUACCUGGGAUAACAAAGGGACAGUGGCCAAAGCUGCUCCUCAGCCAUCAACUCAAGUCAGUGGCCAGCAACAAGGCCAGCCACCUCCACUGCCGGUGAACCAGCAGGUGGUCAAUAUGCAGCCUCAGCAAGUGUCCUCAGGCCAGCCGCAGCAGCAGGUGACCCCACAGCCGGUGCAACAACAGCAGCAGCAGCAGCCACAACCAAAUCGCUGGGUUGCACCACGUAACCGUGCAGCUGGCUUUGGCCAAAAUGGAGUGGAUGCUGGUGGUAUUGGGCUGGUGCAUGGGAAUUCAAAUUCUGCCUCAGUGGAAGCGCAUCCUGUUUUGGAGAAAUUGCGUUCUGUCAACAACUAUAACCCCAAGGAUUUUGACUGGAACCCCAAACAUGGACGAGUUUUCAUCAUAAAGAGCUACUCUGAGGAUGACAUCCAUCGCUCCAUUAAAUAUUCCAUUUGGUGUAGUACUGAGCAUGGCAACAAGAGACUGGAUGCAGCCUACCGUACCAUGAACGGCAAGGGUCCUGUUUACCUCUUGUUUAGUGUCAAUGGGAGUGGUCACUUCUGUGGUGUUGCCGAGAUGAAGUCGACUGUAGACUACAACACUUGUGCUGGGGUAUGGUCUCAGGACAAGUGGAAGGGACGGUUUGACGUCAGGUGGAUAUUUGUGAAGGACGUGCCCAAUAGUCAGCUGCGGCACAUUCGCCUGGAAAACAAUGAGAAUAAACCUGUCACCAACUCCCGAGACACUCAGGAGGUGCCCUUGGAAAAAGCCAAGCAGGUUCUGAAAAUUAUUGCCAGUUACAAGCAUACGACCUCCAUCUUUGAUGACUUUUCUCAUUACGAAAAACGUCAAGAGGAGGAGGAGUGUGUUAAAAAGGAACGCCAAGGUCGUGUCAAAUAAUACUGCAGUCUGGAAAUGUGACGUCGGCCUAAAUGUCAUAUCCUGAAUUUUCGUCAAGAAAUUGAGUGAUAAUGAAGAUUCCCUUCUCCACCCCUUCCUUCCCACCCACCCACCCUCUUUCAUUUUCAGUGAAUUCUACGACUUUCAGCCAUGUAGUUGUCAAACUUAAUCCUCUUCUGUAGCACUAUGGUAAUAAUAGCAAGAACUAGGUGGGGAAACAAAACGUUUUAAGGAUCCUUUCUCAAUUAUCAGUUGUGACUUUAUAAAGUGGUACAUUUGUUUUCCUUGUUUAAAAAAAAUAUUAAAACAAUGAAUCAUUUCUUGAUUUUUAUGGUCCAUGGGCUGCAUAUAAAUGCAGUUCCAUGGAGAAGAGACCAGUUGCUUCGCAACAUUAUUACCCAGCUGGGUCAACGUGUGAACAGAUUCCUUCUCCAACUCGGUUUAAUUUAUGGAGCCUAAAUUGUUUCAUUCAGGCUUUUGAGGACUGCCCACCCCACCUCACCCUCCAUUUUACUGAAAAUGCUGCUUGUUUUGUUUUUUAAAAAAGGCUCCUGGGAAGAGCAGUUACUUUUGUGUUUGUCCCGCCUUUCGUUCAAAAUAUUAAAAGCAAGUUACUCUUGACAGAAGUUAUUGUGAGCAAAUUUAAAAUAAAAAUUGCCACCAGUUAAGUCUAAAACCUUAAAAAAAAAGACUGGACUAAAGAAAUACUGUAAGGAAUUUUUCAAACAGUGAACUUUGAGAAACAAAAACUGCUUAGAAUCUUUUUUCAAUCCUCGUCAACAGUGGAAAAACUGGGAACUUACCCUUUCUUCAUUAUUAAUCACUUCUCAGUAAUAAAUGUGAUAUCCUGUUCAGCAGAAUGGAUGCGUUGAAUGCAUUUUUGUUUGGUGUUUCAUUCUUCCUGGUGCUUUGACGUUACUUGCUGAGCGACUAUUGUGGAGGUUAAUGAGAAUGUUAUAUACAUAUCUGAUGUAGUCUGUGUCCAUCCAGUUAAAUUUAAAUUCUGCCAUCCGAAGAUUUCGCACUUUGAAUACGAAAGGUUAGGGGAAUGGUGAAAUUUCCAGCUACUGGAACAGAUUAGUCAAAAUAAUACGGUACUUUAUUGAGAGUGUGGCAUUGUUGAAUGUGGCAUCAUUCAGCUCAGAUGUUAAGUAAAGUCUCCCAUGUUCUCUGAAUUGAUUUUUUAAAAAAAACCUGAGGCACUAUCUGUAGUAGUAAAGUGGUAGCCCUUCAGAUUCGAAGAAGACACUGUUGUGCAGUUCAUCUGUGAACACGGAGGUGGCUCUGCAGUCCCAGUCUGGAAGCGCAGAGUCCAGCACAAUGGGGGCACUGCAAAUCCAUUGUUGUAAUGAUUGUGGCUGCUGUUCUGUGACGCUGCUCACGGUUUUCCAUCAGUUUUUGGCAGUGCCUGUCUUCAGACCUGGUGCAGGCUUCAUAGCACAGGGCUCGCCAGCGGGCAUCCACAGAUUCUAGUUCCCUUGGCUGGAUGUCAGCUACUGUAGUAGUAUGAUGGGGUUAUUCAUGUGCUCCUUUCACUGGAGCAGUUUCUGUGAAAUUGGUGGCAGAAUCAUGUAGUGCUGUGCUGUGGCAUGUCACAGCUCCAGCAACUAUCUGUGUGGAGUUUGCAUGUACUCCCUGUAAUCUCAUUGGUUUCACCGAGCUGCUCCAAAGUCAUGGGUUGGUCACUGUCCACUUAAAUUGCCCCUAGAGUGUGGGUGUGUGGGUGA